AUGACAUUAUUUGAACUUACAAACAGUCUAAAACGGACUAUUACAGAGUCCUCAUACGGUCAAAGUGAGAAACACAAGUUACUUCAAUCGGAAUACGUAUCUCACCGAGAAUUGGUACAGUUUUACCAAGCAUGCAAUCCUACGCCGACACUCUUGUCAUUAAUCAGGCAAACAAAAUUACACCUACCCAAGUAUAAGACUUAUAAACAGACGAAAACCAAAGAAUUUUUAAAGAUGAUGGAGAAGCUACGUCUUGAAGCACAAGAAGCAGAGUACAGAAAGUUAAUCAACCCGGAUCCCGAACACACCACGUUGUACGACACUUCCAAUCAAGAAUACGUGUCACCAGUGCAAGCACACAAAGAAUUAAAGAAUCAGUUGACAACCAUUGUAAACGUUUUUAUUAGCGUUGGUAGUGUAUCAUAUGCAGUAUGGUAUUGGACUGCAUCCAGUUGGGGUUUAAGAGAUAGCUACCGUGUGUUAUUGACGGUGUUUUUUGGAUUGUUGGUAUUGGUGGCUGAAGUUGUGGUAUACAUGGGGUACUUGAAUAAAAUUGAAGAAGCUAGGGCCAAGGAGAGUAAGAAAAAGGAAGUAAAGAAAGUAAUCAAGACGUAUGAUUUGACAUUGGAUAAUUUGACUGCAGAGAAAUUAUGA